AUGGAAUCGGAGGCCUUUGAAGACUUGCAGAAGGGUGGCGGGGCCCUGCGCACCAUCAAGGAUUUGUCCGCGGGUGCCGCUGGUGGAAUUGCACAGGUCCUUCUGGAUAUUGUCAAGGUGCGACUGCAAACGACCACCCAAUACUCCAGUGCUGUGGAUUGUGCCAGCAAGAUUCUCAAGAAUGAGGGUCCCCUUGCUUUCUACAAGGGCACUUUGACUCCGUUGAUCGGAAUCGGUGCUUGCGUUAGCGUGCAAUUCGGUGCCUUCCACGAGGCCCGGAGACGGUUGGAGGCGCUGAACCAGAAGAAGUAUGCCGACAGCAGCCUCUCCUACGGUCAGUACUACAUGGCCGGUGGUUUUGCGGGUAUCACCAACUCCGUGCUCUCGGGACCCAUUGAGCACGUCCGUAUCCGCUUGCAGACCCAGCCCCACGGGGCGGGCCGUCUGUACAGCGGUCCCAUCGACUGCAUCAAGAAGCUCUCUGCCCAUGAGGGCGUGCUGCGCGGUCUUUUCCGCGGCCAGGCGGUCACCUAUCUCCGAGAGAUCCAGGCGUACGGUAUGUGGUUUCUGACCUUCGAGUACCUGAUGAACCAGGAUGCCAAGCGCAACAACGUCAAGCGUGACGAGAUCUCCAGCCUCAAGGUGGCCACGUACGGUGGUCUGGCGGGUGAGGCGCUCUGGCUGAGCAGCUACCCGUUCGACGUGGUCAAGAGUAAGAUGCAGUGCGACGGGUUCGGCGAGCAGCAGCAGUUCAAGUCGAUGCGGGACUGCUUCAAGAAGACCUACGCCGCCGAGGGAUUCGGUGGUUUCUGGAGAGGUCUGGGUCCCACUCUGCUGAGGGCCAUGCCUGUGUCGGCAGGAACCUUCGCUGUGUAA